AUUCGUGAACAGGAAGUGAAAGUUGAUUGCCAAAUUUUGACAGUUCUAUGAUGCAUUUCUUAAAUCAAUACACGCCUCAAGUUUGAAUAUGGCACAGCAUAAGCAAACAGCUCAUGAAUUUAUUCAAAGCACAUUCAGUCCACAAAUAGCCGUGCUGUGCAGUAAUGAUGCAGAGUUGUUAUGUCAGAAAAACAACCUGUCAUUUGUCCAACUCGUUCAGCCUUUUUGUAGACUGAAGACAGAGGCACACAUAAAAGAUCCGAACAAUGUACAGCAUAAUGUACAACAUCUGCGGAUCAGCAUGGUGGACAUGAACUGUCAGAUACCCCCAGCUGCAGCAGCCAAGAAGUUAAUGAAUGAUGCCGUAAAUAGUGAACAACAAGUGAUGGCAGAGGGAUCUAGAGGAAACGUUAUAUCAGUGGGAGAUUAUGACCUUCAGCUGAGCUCUUCCACACCAUGGUUUGAAGCUUACAGAGAGUGUUUCCUACAGACUUUACCACCAUCUGAUCAUGAGUUCCUCAAACAUUGUCUAGCUUGUAUAUUUGUUGUGUCUUCCAACCACACAGACCCUCUGGCUAUGUUACAAACAUUGUCGAGUAGCCAACAACAACAGCAGUCGCAGUUCCCGAACAAACUGCCACACUGGUUCUGUCCAAACAUUCUCAAAUAUUAUGUUCUUGUUCAUGACGUAGUGGAAGCAGAGGCCUCUAAGGCUGAAGCAGUUUACCAAAGUAUGAAGUCAUCAUUCGGUCAUCAAAGCUGCCAUUUGUUACAGAUCAAUUCUCGUUCAUUAACGACGGUCGAAACAAUGAAGAUGGACACGAGUCUGCCAGAUCCAUGGGGACAGUUUCUAAAUAAACCUAUAGAUGUAGGGAAAAAGCCUCAAAAGGCUAAAUAUUUUAUACCUUGGGAAGGUGUUGAUUACGAUGCCGGGGGCAGCAGUGGUGCCGAUGAUUCCAUGUUCCCAACAAGGCUGGACGAAGGUGCACCGGAAACAAACAACCAUGUUCUAGACACAAACUCCCACUCUGAUGAAGGUAUAGAUGGUCUAGGUUCAGUGACUAACUCAGUUAUGGACCAUCCCUUGGCCUUGUCAGAUGAGAGCCCGCUACAGAGCCCGACCUUGGAAUACAGCUCGGACUACCAGGGCUCCACUAGCAGUCUCAACAGCGUUCAGUCAGCCAUGUCAAAAUCAUCCUCAUUUAAUAUGCAAAACAAAGGUCAAUUUCCAGGACACGGAAUGUGUCUCACUGCCAGUGAUCAAGAUCGCAUUAGGAUAUUUAUACACGAGUUUGCCGUGCGAGCUCUGAUACCCUGGGCGGAGCGACAGAUGAGAACUUUGAAUGACAUGCUCAUGUCAAGAACUGGCUUGAGGAAGUCACUGUUUGGAACAGCAAAGAAGUUGUUCGGAGGAAAUCCAAGUAAAACUAGCCAAGCAGCUAACACAGCCACUACAGUAGUGUAUUCCAAAGAUGCACCAGAGUUGCAGAUGAGGAGAUUGGCCGACAUAGCAUUCCUGUUUCAGCUUUACGACUUCGCCUACCAGACGUAUCACACUGCUAAACGAGAUUUUAAUAACGAUAACGCUUGGCUACAUUUUGCUGGAGCUCUGGAAAUGGCUUCGCUUGCAAUAUUCAUGCAAGGUAGUCAGGGUCAAAGGGCAUAUCCUGAUCAUUACAUGGAGUCGGCCAUUACUACAUAUUUACAGUCAUGCAAGAACAUUCCAUAUGCUGUACGAGCAACACUUGUGAGCACCGAGGCUUUGAAAAGUCGCGGGAAAUAUAAAGAGGCUGCCACACAAUUUAUUAAAAUGAUGAGUGAGGAAUCUGAUUUACGGAGUGCCCUAUUAUUAGAGCAGGCAGCUCACUGUUUUAUCAACAUGAGAAAUUCCAUGGUUCGUAAAUACUCCUUCCAUAUGAUACUAGCUGGCCAUAGAUUUAGUAAAGCUGGACAGAGAAAGCAUGCUCUAAGAGCAUACAGUCAAGCACUACAGAUAUACAAGGGUAAAGGAUGGUCCCUAGCCGAGGACCAUAUUAACUUCACUAUAGGACGACAAUCACACAACUUGAAACAGUUGGAGAACGCUACUGCAGCCUUUAAACAUCUUCUAACAGAGGAUAGUAAACAAACAGCCAUGCAGCAGAAUGCUUUCCUUCGGGAAUACCUCUUUGUUUACAGGCAACUACUGGUACAAGAAUCGGAGGAAACUGGUCUACAAUCAAACACCUUACCAGAAUUACCACUACCUGUCCUAGAUAGUAAUGCUACCAAAGUCAUCGUAGGAUCUCGCCCAUUAAUACCACAAGGUGACACGAUAUAUGCUACGGGAGUGUGGUUUGAAGACUCUGACAUGCCUAGCUGGAGAUGGAAGAAGUUGGAAGAGUUACUGGUAUUGGAUGCCAAUGGGGGUACUCUCCCCUUGUUACAUAGACCCUCAUUACAGCUCUUCACUGAUGGGACUGACAAUAAAUUCAGCCCAGUUUCAUAUAUGAAAGAACCAAUUACCAUUGAGUUGUACCUAGUGAAUCCGCUCAAAGUGGCCUUGACCUUGACUGAUGUCACGUUGCUAUGGAGUUUUCUGCCAAAUAUAUGCAGUCAUGAGAAGCCCCAGUUAAUAACCAAUGAACAGAUGGUCACAGCUAAGAAUAAUUUAGCAGAUGAGAUUGUACAUGGUCAGGUUGUCAAGGAGAUAAUUCUGCAGGGAAAUGAUCGGUUACCAGUACAAAUGACAUUAACUCCGCAGCAAAUGGGUGAGCUUAGAAUAUACGGAAUCACAUAUAAUCUAGGUAGCGCUUCAACAACGUUCAUGGCUCCUUCCCAAGGUCCAUCAGGACCACUAGGGGGUGCUGUGAUGGGUUCAAAAGCCAGCUAUGUGAGUACAGUAUAUGUGCGGGGCAAACAAAAGAUUGAAGUACAAGGACCAAGGUUAAAUACUAAGAAAGAGGAGAUGGCGAGUAAAGUGUACGGCCCGGAUAGAAGACUGGAUCUUACUAUACAUGAGCAGAUGCCAUUACUUGAGGUGAGCUUUGUGGAUUUUCCAAAGACAUUAUUAUGUGGUGAAGUUCACCCAGUGACUGUGCAUUUUACAAAUACGGGUUCGAGCCCACUACACAAACUUAAAGUUGCCUCGAGCAACCCGAAAUGCUUUGUUAUAGGUCAGAAUAUAAGUAACGAACAUUCCAGUAGUGUGUAUAACGUAACAGAUAAAAGCUCAGACUCUAUUAGUGUUAACUGUGAUUUAAAAGUGAAACGUGUGAUUGAUAUAGAAAUUCCUGGCGGGAUUUUACAUUCCAAGUCGACGAUGGGUAUUCAGUUGUGGAUACGAGGUAACGAUAUAGGCGGGAAUCACCAGGUGGAUUUCUUGUUCUACUAUGAGCUGGCUGAAAAUCCGCAGAAAAGAAAGUAUAGGAUAUUACGACACAAUGUUCUAGUCAAUACAGCCGAGUCUUUGAGUGUUCGUGCAGUUGCUCAGAAAGCGUGUAAAAAUUCUAAAGAGCUUACCAGUACUGGUCAAUUUCUUAUAUCCUGUGAGAUGGAAAAUCUUAGUCAACAACAGUUGGGCAGGGUGUAUGUGAGUGAGAUUAGGAUAAAACAGAUCUCCUGUGCUAGUUCAAGGUGGACCAUAGAUACUUUAACAUCACAUUCUCAGAAAGAGGUGUGUAUAGGAAGUCGAGAGAUGUUACAAGUAUGUUUAAAGGCCAGUAUGUUACAGAAGGAGAAGGUUUCAAACUGUGAUGUCACUUUUACUGAUCUAACACUCCAUGAUGGAAAGAUACUCAGCGGGAGGACUCCAUGUUUAGAUUUUUACCAGAGAUCAAGGGUCAAGUUAAAGCCAUUAGAAGACGAGGCCUCACAGACCCAAACACCAUCGCAGAUUCUAGCACCUAAAGAGAAGGUCGAUCAAUUUGAAUCACUCAAUAGUGCAAUACAACUAGGAAUGUCUCUUAUCAUAUUAUGGCAGGCACAUGUUGUAGAUAGUGACGGUACAGAGAGAGUUUGUGUAGGACAACAUCAUGUGACCGUGGAAAAACCUGACAGUAUAUUCACUUCUUAUCCAUAUAUGCAGCCACCUAGAGAAAGCGGUCCAAUCCAGUUUAUAAAAGAAGAAGUGACAGAGGAGGAGAAGAAACCAGAUUUUGAAGUUUUAACACAACUUGUGUCAUAUAGUUUACAACACAAGACUGAACUAGACAAUUGCUUCUCCAAAUGCAGAUUAUGUUGUGCACAGGUAACCUUGGUGUUACAUAAUGAAGCAGACUCUGAUGUUACUGUAUUAGUGGACACAAGUAAAGCUCAGCAUAGAUUAAAUGAAUAUCCAGAUACAGGGCAGACAGCGGAGAGUCCUGCUGGGGGUUUCUCCUGGAUGAGUCAAACGCUGAAGCAAUUGAAGUUGCUCGCCAAACAGACGGAGAAAAUAUUGUUGUCGGUGACGUUCAGUAAACCGGGCGUGUACAAUAUCAACAACAUUGCCGUGUUCGUGUCAUACCAAGACGACUCGGCUGAAAUGACUCUACAAAAACAAACAAAACCGAGUGUGAUCACCAUUCGUGAUGUAGCUUCAUGAUUUUGUUUUUUGUAGUUUAGAAAAAAAAAAUCUAAAACAUUUUGCCUUUUCUGCUUUAAAGCAGGUAAAGUAUUAACAUAAAUGUGCUACAUUUUAGUAUUUGAUCAUUAUUUCAUUUCUAUAUGUCAGUCAAUGCUUGAGUAAAAAAAUAUGUGUUUAAAAAUAGCUCAGUUUGUUGCCAUAGCAUAAAAUUUCCGGUUUAUUGAAAUUGAUUAACAGUUACACAAGUAUUUCAUUAGCAUAACAAAGUUUCUUACUUGCUGUCUAUAAGAUUUAUACAGAUUUUAUUUUAACUUAACAAAUCAUUUAAUGAUCAAGAUAAAGGUUUGAUGACCGAAAAACAUUGUUGACCGGAAAUUUCAUUUUUAGAUCUUACCAUGAGUCUGAUUGGACAAGUUAUAGAUCUUUUAAAAUAGACCAAAAUGUACCGAGAGGUUUCAUUUUACAAAUCAUGACAAAGUUAGGACAUAUAAGCUUUUAAUUUUGUACUGUCUCUGAUAUUUCAAGGCUGAGAUUAAAUACUAAUUGUAAUCAAGAAUUUAAAAUCUGACUGCUGCUUAAAAUUGCAUUAAUUUCCUAACAAACUUGCUUUUAUAAUAUGCAGAAGUGUUAAUAUUUAUUAACAAAUUAUCAAGUUUAUGUCAAUUUUUGAUACUCAUACUAUAUUGUGUAUUUGUAAUCAUGAAGUUACAGUUAUGAAAUUGUUACAACAAAUAUGAUUAUUUUUGCACUUUUAGAAAAAAAAGAAAUUCUGUAAUUACUCACAUAUUAGACAUGUUUUUCCCCUUAAUUUAGAGAGUUAUUCUGUAUGCCUUGUCUUAUAAGUGGAUAAGGAAAGUCUAUGGUAUAAAUAUGGACUUUUAAAAAAAGAUGUUUAACGAUUUUUAAUGGAAAAUUUAUAUCAUUUCUUAUAAACAACUAA